AAAUAUGUGUUUGUCGCAAGAUCAGAACAUAACGUCUUGAAAAUGCCAGAGAGAAUAAGAGAAGUAGAAAUGGUUGAAAGUGUUCGUCCUGGUGAUGAAAAGUCAGUCGGUGACAAUGAUCACAAUGAAAGAUUUUAUUAUCAGAAAGUGCCAGAGAUGAUAUCAACAUCAAACAUGUGGAUGAACAAAGACAUGACAAGUUACAAAACAAGGACGCACGCAUUGCUGGACUCCAAACUGAGCAAUGCUGACAGGAGCGUAACACGGCAAAAAUCGCGCCGCUGUUCUUUAUGGAAGUUGUGGUUGAAGUUCUCGUCCAUUCUGUAUUUGUUUUUGAUUACGCUGCUCGUCCUCUGGGCAUUGCAUCAACACAAAGUAUCUCAAGAAAAGGAUUCAGGAACAACAUCUUAUCAGGCCUCGGGAUAUGCAUCUGCUUUGACCAGUGACAACGAAAAAAGUGGUCAAAUUCAGAGCUCCAAAGCGUUAUUGCAAUACAAUGUCAAUCAGCCACUGAGAGAUCCAGAGCAAAUAGAAUGGAAGAAUUUUUCUGCUUCUUAUAUAAUCGGAAGUGAUAUCACAUACAAAAACAGAAGAUAUUACGUCAGUUCCCCUGGCUAUUACGAGGUGCAAUGUCGUCUGCAGUUUGACACUUACAGUGGUGAAGUUCCAAAUAACGAUGUUAAUAUUGUAUUCUCCAUCAUUAGAAGCACGGGACCCGAAAGUAACCAAAACUUGAUGUCUGAAAAGGCGACACUCAGACCCCGAGAAAGGCGGGGGAUCCAGUUAGGGCCCACAGUUUUCCGACUGGAGGUAGGGGACUCGGUGUAUGUUUCUGUGAUGCGGCACCAAUAUGUGUAUCCCACUAUAGACAAUUAUUUCGCCAUGAGGAAAAUUGAAUGACAUUAUUUAAAAAUAUACCUGUGUGAUUGUGUAAUGCAUGCAGUUGGCCAGUGUGACUGACUAAUGAUCGCUGGUGAUAUAUAUGAAGCAUAAAAGAUUGUUCCAGUUUCUGAGUUUAUGAAACUAAUUAUUUUGAUCGAAAGUCCUGCAUGCCAAUUACAUAUUCUGCAUAUCUGUGUCUUUUGAAUAGGCCCAGGUAUUGUUAGAGGUAUAUGUUAUCUACAUAGACUUGUCAAAUAGUAUUCACACUUUUACUUUCGUUUAAUUUAUUACUGUAACAGAUGUGGCCACGUGUGAGUAUUGAUCGUGUUAUGCUCAAAGCAAAACGAUUAAUUCGGAUUGUAAAUUUUCAUUCAUGAAAUCGUGAAACGGUCGAGUGACAGUACAUGGUAAUUUGACCCUGUAAUCAAUUCAUUCAUUCCAUUUGUUGUUCUGAGUUUACCUUUGUGGUAAAAAAAACCCCAAACAUAUCUGAUGCAUUAAUGUUGUAGUUUUCACGGCUCUUCGUAAAUGUUUUAAUGUAUUUCCCCGCCAGUUACAUUUUUUCAAAGAAUUUCACAACGGCAGCAGUGUGUGUUUAUUUAUAUGAUAUCUUAAAUAUUAAUGUUGUAUUAUACAUGUAUUGAUAUAGUAUGUAUUGAGUUAUGCUUUUAUAUAUAUACAUGUACAAAUAUAUAAUGGAAAUUAGGAAUAGCCAUAGUGUUCAAAUAAAACAUGUUUUUGCAAAUAUA